CAGGCAAGCCCUCAUGUCCAAUCGCGGGUCCGAUUCGGACAAACUCAAUCCGACACAUGUCAGCAGCUCACGUGCGCCACUGCAUUUGGGACACACCGGUCGGCCACCGCAUCACUUGCAUCCGCAUGCGGCGCUACACGACAAUCAGGCGGACGACGAGGACAAGCUGUUGGAUGUGGUCGGACCGCCGCAGAGCCCACUAUUGCCUUUGAGUCAUUCGUUGCAACAGAUGCAUGCGCAUCAGCAAUCCGCCUGGUUCAACCAUUUGGCCGGUGCCGGCGAUCAUGCGAACGAAGAAGCUCUACGUCGUCGCCUACAAUCCGACGAUGUCGAACGUGAUGGCAGCGAUUCGAGCUGUUCGGAGAGUGUGGGCGGCAGCACGGGUGGCGCAUUCCGACCCACCUCCUCGGGCAGUCCGAAAGAAGGCGCUGCUGGUGGUUUAAAUGCAGCUGGCGCAUAUCCCUCACCGAACAUUUCGGUGGGCCCACCGAUACACCCCUCGCCGCAUCUGUUGCCUUACCUCUAUCCACAUGGCCUCUAUCCGCCACCGCAUCUGGGGCUGCUACACAAUCAGGCAGCUGCGGCCGCCGCCAUGAAUCCGGCCAGUCUCAAUCCGGGCUUGCUGUUCAAUGCGCAAUUGGCGCUCGCCGCACAACAUCCCGCCUUAUUCGGACACUACUCAGGACAUACGCCCGUCUCACCGCUGCAGGGACUCAAGGGACAUCGCUUCUCGCCAUACAGCUUGCCUGGCAGUUUGGGUUCUGCCUUUGAUGCUGUUACGCCUGGUUCGAAUGCGAAUCGCGGCGGCCCGUCAGGCGCUGGAGAUGCCUCCACACUGGGACCCGGUAGUAGCGGUCCCGGUAGCAGUAUAGAAAAUGGACCGCGCAGUUUGAGCUCCAGUCCACGUCCACGUGCCUCAUCCAACUCGCCGCCGACGCGUCCGAUUUCUAUGUCGCCAACGACGCCACCAUCACUGCUGAAGCGGCAGAAUUCACCCUCAGAGCUGAAGAGUAUCGAGAAAAUGGUCAACGGACUGGAAGUGCAACACAAUGGUAGUGGCAGCAGCGCUGGUGUGGGCAUGGGUAUUGGUAUUGGUGCGCUGGUUAGCGGCGCUUUAGAGGAGCUGCAACGCAAGACACCAACACAGGUGGAUCAGUGACAUUUGUUUGAUCGAGACGAUAACGACCGUUCGUCCGUCAUCGAUCUCGACGAUGUGUGACCGCAAGAGCAGGUUUUCCUGUUGCUUUAGUGGGCUUACAAAGGAGCCUACGCGCAUAUGAACGCGGUGGCAAUGCAGCUAACAAAAUGGCAGUCAAAAAACUGCACUGCGACAAAAAUAUGUCAAUUGCUUGUUAGGCUACUAGGCUAAGGCUAGAGUGUAGUGUCACAGUCUAAGCCUCUACCGCCAAUGCACAUUUACUUGUCUCUCGUAUGUAUAUAAUAAUAAGUACGUAUGUAAAUUUAGCUUAAGUAGUAUAACAAAUAAGCCUAAAAGCGUUUAUCUACUUGUUUAAAACUAUGUUCCACAUAUGAUCCAUACAUAAAUGUUUACUAAAAAGAGUAUUUUCGUGCAGAAAUGCGGCAGUUAAAUAGAAGCAAUGUGACGGCAAGCUUAACAAUGUAUGCUUGUUUCGUAAAAGGUGGCGUAUAACGGUUUGUUUCGAAUUUUCAUCACAUACCAAUGCUGUACUGCAUGUGUUACGUGCGAUUUAAUCGUUACACAGAACGUUACAAGAAUAUCUAUUGAAUUCUGUGCACAUAUUAAAUUUUUUGCUUACGUUCCACAUAGCAUCCACACAAAUUUAACAUAUUUUUGCACGCAAAUGCUUUACUUUUUAAUACUUCGUUGAAAGCAACACAAAAAGUUAUGUUCCACAUAUAAUCCACAUACGUUCCACACUGUAUUUGUUGUUCUACAUUUGCUUUAAGCAUUUUUUAGCUGUUUCAAGUUAUGUUUUUGUUUAACUGGCGCGUCUGCCUACACCAGCAACUAUCUCUGCAAGUAUUGUAUCACACAUAUGUAGUUAAUUAUAUACAUAGGUUUAGCAUUAUAUAACUAAAACAAUUUUGAUUUUUGUACACUUUUGCGUUUUAAAUUUAGUUAACUUUUUAAGUUCUCAAACCAAAGAGUUACUUUCAGUGUAAAAAAUAUAAUUUUUUCUAACAAAACCUAAAUAUACUACUAAAACUUAGUUCUUGCUACUUAGAAACUUGCAUAAAAAUAUAAUUGUGUUUAAUUUUGAAAAAAAAAGUUAUGUUAUAACAUUUCUCUUAAUUGUUCCGCACGUGCACUGUGAAAAAUAUUUAAAAACACUUCUCUUUAGCCGCAAAUGUAAGUGACUUGCCCCCCAAAACCCCCAAAAAAUGCCUAGUAGCUUUAGGAGAGGGCGUGGCGUUCAACAUUACACGCUCAGAGUAUUAUAAUUUAACAUAGGACAUUGUAUAAAUGUGUAAUUUUUUCUGCAAAUAAUUAUAAAAAUUAAAAUAUAAAACUAAUAGGCGUAAAGGCUCGUAUUAUUUAGUUUAAAUUUUUUAAAUGGUAAUAAUUUGUUUUUGUAACAGUUCAAUAUGUUCCUCACUUACAUGUAAUAAUGUUUUUAAAUGAUUUUUUUUAGUUAAAAAUGUUAAAUUAAGUUUUAAAAAUAUGUGAAAAAUAAACAACAACACUUUUUUCGCCGAAAAGUGCAACAAAUGGUUUAAAAAAUACACUGUAAAACAAAAUGGGAAAGCAAUAUUAAUUAUAGUUAAUUAAUGCACUGAAAUAUUAAUUAAAAAUUACACAUUUGUUUGUUUUACGCUGUUAAGAAUUUCGGUGUGCAACAAAGCAUAAAAAUAUAAUACAAAAAUUUAGUGUUGACAACCGAAAAAAAAUUAAAAUAGUUUAAAGUAAAAAUGGCGAGAAAACCGCUUUUUAAAAUGAACACACUGUAAUUAACAAAAAAUAAAAAUAAAAAUAAAAAUAAAAUAACACAGCAAUUCAGGAAAAAUGCUGAAUGUAAAAUAAAUUAAGAAAAAAAAUAAGAAAAAAAAAUAACUAAUAAAAAACAAUUUCUCAGCAAUAGCUUAAAUACGAGUAUGUGAAAUUACCACCCUUUAAAUUAUAAAAAAUUAAACCUAAAUGUAGUAUAUAUAAAAACACAAGCGUAUAUAGAGUACAUACACACAUAUAUAUUUAUAAAUUCUUAUAAAAUUUAUAUAUGUAUAUUUAAAAAAAAGUAAAUAAAUUGAUUAGUGUAAAAAUGCAUAAAGUCCCACUUAUCCUUUGAGUAAAUUAAGCGAGAAAGCAACAAAAA